AUGAAGCAAAAUAUUGGACGGGGCGAAUUUUCUCAGUUCCCGAAUUUGUCACAGACAAGCUGCCAGGAAGACGACGUUUCAACUUACGUUCAACAUUUAAAUGCCCUCUAUUCAGAUUUUGAAUCUAGGUUUGAGGAUAUUUUGACUAUGGUAAUACCACCGUGGAUAAUUAAUCCAUAUGGUGACAUAGAAGAAACGAAUGUCAUAAUACAAGAGGAACUGACUGAACUAAGUACAAAUGAAGAACUUGAGAUUCAGUUUAAAAACGGAUAUCAGCAAUUCUGGCUGCAAAACAACAUACCCGUUACUUAUCCCGUAUUAUGGAAUAUAGCGAGAAAUUUCCUUUCCAUCGUCAUACCUAGUGGAAAGAGGGUUCAGCGCUGUUACCAAUCUCCUAACGAAAAAAAGAAACAGACUGGACAUCAUUAG